AACAAUGUUUUCAUUUUUUGAGACAUGGGCAUGGUUUGUAUAAUGAAAGAUAAACAAGUCCAUAGAAUGAAAAUGAGCGCGGGGUGGGCAUUAGGAUAUAAUUGAUGGGAAAGUUCCCGCGGAGGUUGAAGAAUGUGAUCCAGAGCACAGUGGAAAGAUUGGCUUCGACUUGGAGGUACCCAGAGUUCACCUAGAGUUCCAGACAGGAAAAUGAGUGAAGAGUUGCGGCGAGAGAGAAGUGGUAUCCUUGAAAAUAUGCCAAGUUGAAGAGAAAUGGAAUUAACCUUUUCAAAUACCACCAUAUAAGAAUGGCAUUGCAAUUUUUCACGUGAGAGGUUUCGGCUCUGAAAAAUUAGCACCUGUUCCCCACCACGUGGUUUGUACGGUAGCUAGUACGAAGCUUCGCACCGGUCUCUGACCCUAAUAUUUCCCUGCUCAAACAUGCAAGUGGAGAACGACUUUCGAACUACACGCCCCAAGAUGCAUCGCGCCAGAGCAGGAAGUGGCCGCGGGACCUGUUUCUCAUUGGUGGCGGCGGCUCCUGUAACCGACCGGUGCGAGGACCCGCUUCCGCUCUGUGCUUCAGAGGCCUGGGCCUUAGGCGGGACGGCGCCAUGCACCCCGGACGGGCCGCGUCCUGGUACCGGCGGAUGUCUGUGGUCUACGCACUGGGCACCUGGACACUGUUGGGUUCUGUGUUUUACAAGUUCGGCCAGAAAAAAAAGCCACCAGGUGAUGAAGUAGAGCAAAAGGAUGUCUCAACAAGUCAAAUACCUGAACCCCCAAGAGAGUUUUAUGUGGAAACAAUCGUCACAUAUAGAGAAGAUUUUGUUCCAUUUACUAGGAGGAUCCUCGACUAUUUGAAAUCAUGGACUGGUAGUUCUGGAUCAGAAUCAUGAUUGACUGUUGAAUUCUGAAAACAAGAACUUUGGUUCAGCAUUUAAAUUUCAUAGAUGACUUGGUUUUCAUCUUAUGUUUGUAAAAAGUAUAUGUUUAAUUUUACUAUAAAAUAAUCAUGUUACCAUGUAAUAAAUAUUUCUUUGAAAGAAACUAAACUUAAAUAAUUUAAG